UAAUAACAGAUGGUGCUGUUCGAUAUUGAAACUUUCGUAGUAACAAUACAAUGUGUUUCACGUCUAUCUGUUCGUGAAUGUAAGAUAAGUUUUUAUUAGUCGAAAUUUCGUGAAUUAACAGUGGGAAACAUGAAGCCAGAAGAGUAUAGCAAAUCUCGGAAAUUCUUAAUAAUGUUUGUGGGAUUCGUAGAGACUUUAUUGUUUAGUGGUGUUCUAUUCGGAUGGGCGGAUUUGGUGUAUUUGAUGAAGUUAGAAGGAGUCUUUUCGUCUCGAUGUCGAGAGGAAUACCUUACUACUGUAAAUGGAACCAGAAUAUGCCAAGAACAAGAUAAUUUAUUCGAUUUAGCUUUUACUCUUGUAACGUUUUCGAAAGGUUCAGCUUCCAUUCUAAUUGGUUUACUACUCGAUCAUUUUGGCCUGCGUGUAUCAAGGCUGCUAGCAAACGUACAAGUAACAACAGGAUGGUUUCUAAUCGGUUAUUCUGCCAAAUCAAAUCCUUACCUUUUAUUUCCUGGUUGUUUAUUACUUGGACUUGGAGGGAGUCAAAUUCGAAUGAAUAAUUUCUUAAUUGCAAAUUUAUUUCCAAGCCAAAAAUCAUCUGUUAUCUCUCUCUACAAUGGAGCAUUCUGUGCUUCGGCAGCUAUAUUCCUCAUAGCUAAAUGUAUGUAUCCCUACGGUUUUGAUAUGAAAACAUCAUGCGUUUUCUUGGCUGGGUUAUCUGGCUUAAUGCUCAUCCCUACAAUGUUUUUACUUCCUGUAAAUACGAUCGAAACUUCUGAUGAUGAUUCCCCCGAUAUCUUUGAUAGUUCCAUGAUUGUAUCAGAGAAAUCUUCAUCAAUUCAUAAAAAUGAAUCUGCCGAUUCCAUUGAUAACACGGCUGAAAAUAAUUUGGAAAAAUCAGCAAUUACUACUACAAAGACAAAAGAUUAUGGAAGUACUAGUGAAAAUAAAUCAUAUGUUAUCAAACCUGAUUCACAUAAUCUUCAGCAGUCAUUUUUAUCUUUGGAUUAUUUACUUCAUCUUAUCUGGUCAUGUGUCUUAGGUUUAGGUCUCGCCGUGUAUGGAGGAACUUUCGAUCAUUGGGUAGAAAGUAUUACAGACGAUGUUGUAACUGUGAGCAAUUUGAUAGAAUGGUUUGGUUUCUGUCAUAUUCCAAUGCUUUUAAUCGCACCCUUAGCGGGAAUGUGGUUAGAUUACGGCCUCAAUGCAGCAAAGAAUGAAGACGAUCCGGUUAAAAGAAUUAAGAUGGCAAGGUCAACAGUAUUUUGGUGUUUGUUUUUAACAACGGUAGUUCAGUUAAUACAAAUUAUAUGCAUGUUUUUCAACUCUGUUCAUAUUGUAUAUGCAAGCUUGUUCAUUUUUAUAUUUAAUCGACCAUUAGUAAAUGCUCUUAGUGUAGUUUAUCUUCGAAUUUGUUUUCCAUCGAAGCAGUUUAAUUGCUUACUAGGAAUAUUAGGAACAACGGCAGCUAUAUUUUCACUUGUUCAAUUCCCAAUAUUUGUUUGGUUUGGAUCUGAUGCUUUUGCUGCUAAUCUGUUGGUAGUAAUACUGAUUGCGUUAUGCUUCAGCAGUCCAUUUAAUUUAUUACUGAAGAAAACAUGACAUAAACUCAGCAUUAUUUAACAUCUGCUUUUUAUAAUUUAUAAAGUAAAUUGUCGUGUUAUUGUAAAUAUAUUUAAACUGUAAUUGUACAAAGCUAUAUUUGAAUAUAAAUUUUAAUAGUAUAUUUUUUUCCCUAAAAAUACAUCGGUUAUAAUUAAAUUAUACACUUAGUACUGUAACACGAACUCUAUUUAAUAUAACUAUUAUACAAAUUACCUAGAAAUUUUUACUGUUUAUCAUUUUAUAAAAUAUCAAAA